AUGCCUUCCGACGCUGGUUCCCGCGCCGAGGUAUAUCCCCCACUAACCCCCAGUCAUUUGAAGCGCAACAAGCUAACCCCCACCAAGGUUCGUGGCUCUGACGCCACGCGUAACCUCUGGCUUUUCGUCUACGACCUGCAGGGCAGGGAGGACGUUUACGUCCUCAUGAAUGCUCCUGGCCUGCCCGUAGUCCCCGACUCGCCCUUCUACCGGGCCCUUGAAGACCUCUGGGCCGAACACGGCUCCAGCGAUGCCCGUCCCACUGCGGGACUGAUCCAGGCGGUCUCCGCCGACAUCCACCACUCCCCCGGUCUGGCCGACUACGCCGUCUUCCGCACCUGGCGGGACGAGGCCGCUGACCUGCAGUACGUGAUGCUGCAGACUCGCGGCUGCAACGCCGACUGGGCCAACGACGGCAGUCGCACUCCGUAUGCGGGCAGUGACCGGACAGUCGGUCCCUGGGGUAUUGCCUGGUAUGAUGAAUGGCGACACAACCGUGACCGACGUGCCCGUGCCGCUGUAUCCCCCCAUCCCCCUUCAUUUUCCGAUUCCCCUGCCCCCUCCGUCUCUUCAUCUGUCUCUUCCUUCGCUGCCCCUCCCGCUUCUGUUUCUUCGCGCACCGUCGCCUCCGGUGCUUCAGCUCCUGGUCCCUUCUAUUAG